GGGGGUCCCUCGGGGCCUGGGGAAGUCCUGUGGGGCCGUGGCUGUGCUGGAGCAGCGGUCCUGCCCGUGGGGUGCUGGGGGAAGGGGUUGUCCCGGGGCCCCCAAAGCUCUCCGUGUGCUCGGGGCUUUGGUGCUGGCUCAAACCCAGAGGUGAGGCUGGAGCUGAGCCAGCUGCUGAGCACAAGAAGCAGAGAUACGUGCUGGGACGGUGGCAAAAUCUCAUUUGAGAGCAAACCUCUGUGCCCGGCGGAGCAGGCAGGCAGAGAGGGAGCCCGAUCCGGGCUGGGGCUGUGCCAGGCUGGCUCAUGCUUGGCGGGAGCGUUACGGGGGCUGAAGGGGGCUCUGGGACCUAUUUCCAAGCUUCGCAUGUUCCCUGUCCCCUCUGUGCCCAACUCCAGCUUGCUGUGCGGCCGCACCUGGGACGCUGCGUAGUUCAGAGCAGCGCUAAAAUACUGUAGAGCAUCUCUCACUCGUCCCGGCCACACCAGCGCCUCCCUGGCUUGACACCGGGUCCUUGCAGCGGGCUGGACUUGGGCUGAAGGGUUUUUUUCUGUGGCUGGUGCCCACCUAGAGUCGAGCUGUAGACAAAGAGGCUGCCUGCCUGGCUUAGUGCCCGUGUCCAGCCUGCCUGCUGGGGGUUUCCAGCUGGGGCUUCAGACUGGAAAAUCUUUGAAGGCUUCUCGGGAGGAGGCCGAAGCUGAGGAUGGACUUGAGUGAUGCUACCUCCAAGGGGAUGUCUCAGGACGGACGGACACGUCAGGAGGCAGCCGUGUUGCCCCAGCAGGGCCCUGUGGCUACUGCCCAGGAGGAGGAAGGAGCACCGGGGGAUGCACCGUCAGGUCCCCCACAGUCUCCUCUGGGGACAGGGGUCCCAAGAACCCUGUUCAGCACCUGGGAUGGGUGGCAGGACACAACUGCAUCGAAGACUGCCCCAGGAGACACCGCCACCGGGACACCAUGCUUAAAAGGACCCCCCAAACCCACCCCAGCACUGCCUGACCCCAUGGGGGCCAUCUCCAGCCCUCAUGGGGGUCAUGGAGAGCAGGAGCAGCAGCAGAGGAGCUGGGAGGGCAACCAGCAUGAUGGCUCUGCCAGCCUGCUGUGGGUGGCCCAGCCGGGUCUGCUCUUCCAGGGGGACAAGCAGAGCAGCUGUCACCCCCUCGGCCACGCGAACGCCAUUUCUUGCCUGUGCGUGAGCGAGGACCGGCGCUGGGUCGCCACCGCUGACCGAGGCCCAGACCCUCUGGUCAUCAUGUGGGACACCUUCUCGGGGAUACCCGUGCGCACCAUCUUUGACAGCCACCCCGGUGGUGGGGUUGCCGCUAUUGCCAUCUCCCGGGACGCGAGGUAUCUGGUGACCAUUAGUUCUGGCAGGGUGCAGAAAGUUUGCCUGUGGAGGUGGACGUCUCACACUGAGAGCCCUGUGUGCAGCGCAGAGCUGAGGCCUGAAUUUGGGCUCCAGGAUUUUGUCAUUUUUAACCCCCAAAAUCCCUAUGAGUUUGUCAGCAACAGCAAAACCCAGGUGAUAUUUUAUCUGUGGGGUGAUGCCAGCCUGCAGUACAGCACUCCGCCUUUGACCAAGCAGACCUUCAAAAGCGUGGUGGGGCACUUCAGCCAGUCGGCUUUCCACUUUAACAAUGCGCAGGCUCUGACGGGCACCUCAGCCGGGAAGCUGGUGGUGUGGGACAUGGCCUGUGCCCGCUCCCUCUCCGAGGAGGCGCAGGUCCAGCCACACAGCACAAAGGCCACCAAGCUGGUGCCAAUGCAGAGGAGCAGCAUUACGGUGCUGACGGUGCUGGAGAGCUGCAUAGUGACAGGGGACGUGAAAGGCCGGGUGAAAUUCUACAACGGGCAGCUGCAGCUCCUGGCCUGCUACAGCCACAGCAGCGUGGGGCCCAUUUGCUCCAUCUCCUUCUCCAAAUCCCCUCCUGAGCCUCCUGAUGCCGCCUCAGCCUGCUCCAGCGCCGGCAGCCAGCCCUUCACCACCGGGAACUUUAUCCUUUCAACCUCUGAUGCAACAGUGCUCCAUGUUGCAACAGACGGGACAAACUUUGAAAAAGUAAUGGAAGAGGCCAAGAAGGCAACAACUGCCAUCGCCUGUCACCCCCGGCAGGCACUGCUUGCUGUGGGCAGUCACUGCGGGCUGCUCAAAGUGUGGGACUACCAGCAGCCCAAGCACCUUGUUAGCAGGAUAUUCACUGAGGCCAGCAUCCAGUGCUUGUCCUAUGACCCUGAAGGUUGCUUUCUGGCCACCGGCUUCACUGAUGGAAGCGUGUACAUCCUCGACGCCAUUUCCCUUCAGUCCUGCUGUGAAGCCUUCAGGUUCUCGCGGGGCGCCGUGACUCACAUCAGCUUCUCCCACGACUCUGAGUACCUCGCAACCGCUGAUGAGAAAUAUGCGGUGACUGUUUACAAAAGAGUCCUGCAAAAUGGGCAGAGAUGCUGGGAACACCUGGCAGGGCUCCACUCCCACUACAAACCCAUCCGGAGCAUCCUGUUUGGGGUCCAGCUGGACAGCAACGAGCCCCGGCUCCUGAGCCUCGGGGAGGACCGGCAGCUGGUGGAAUACGACCUGAGCAGCAGCAGCAAGGACCGGCUGGUGAUCUCGCACAGGGACCGGGUAGAGCAGGUUGCCGUGCCCCUGUGCUUGGCCUGGUACCCCCAGUUCGGCACCGAGUCCUUUAUCCUUACGGCCAACAGCUGUUACAAAAUGAAGCUCUACAACACAACGACGAAAAUGUGCAGAAAGACCCUUCUGGGACCAACCUAUGGCUCCCCGCUGGAGAAGAUACAAAUCCUCCCAACAAGGAGCACUACGGAGCCCCAGAAAUGCUAUCUGGCCUACAUUACACAGGACAAGGUGGGCCUGCAGAUUUUGCCUGUCGAUGGCAACCCCCACAAGUCCUCAGCUUUCAUUUGCCACCCAGACGGCGUCUCGGACCUGGCCUGCUCCUACGACGGGCGCUACGUCUUUACGGCGGGGGGGAACGACCGCACUGUUCUGAAAUGGGAGGUGAACCUGAAUGCCUUGGAGGCUGCUGCGUCCCUGGGUGGGGAGGACCUGGUCCCGUUCUACAGCCUGCUGGAGGGCGGCCGAGAAGGCGAAUUCUUCAGGGAGCUGGAAGACUAUUUCUACUAUGUGCAGCUGCGCAGCCAAGGCAUCGACACGCUGGAGACCAGACAGGUGUCAACGCAUAUUCCCUUGGAGGAAAUUCCUUCUGUAAUGAGAGCAAUGGGAUUUUAUCCAUCAGAGGAAGAGAUCGAAGAAAUGAUAAAUGAAGUAAAAUUCAGCGAGUAUGUGGACACUGGAGAACAAGUGACAAAAAUCAAUUUAGGGGAUUUUAUCAAACUUUAUAUAAAUCAUCGGCCUGCGUUUGGCUUGUCAAUGAAAACCAUACAGCGAGCAUUUCAGGUUCUUGGUUAUGACAAUGAGAAUGGAGACAAAGUUAUUGACAGAGGAGACUUACUGUUGCUGCUUCAGUGCAGAGGAGAGCAUAUGACGGAGGACGAGCUGGCACAGUGUCUGACCGCCCUGCUGGGCAGGCAUUCAGAGGGAGGAAGAUCUGACCUGGACACGUGCGAUCCCUCAGGUGCAGCAGCUUUGACUGGAGAAGAAAUUCCAGAGGAAAUCACAGCAGAGAGGUUCACUGCUGACAUUCUUGGCUUACCUACUGCCGAGCCAGAGAAAAGAACAGUAAAAAUCAAUGAAUAGUUGAUCUGUGAAGACUCAGAAUUGUAGCCGCCACAAUUUUCUACUUGUUCCCACUUUCCAACAUCCUCUCCUCAAGUAUCUGUGAAAUUUAUAUUCUAUGUUUAUUAAAAACUAAAGGUCACAAACUAAAGUCUGUAAAGAG